GAAAGGAUGGAGCCUCUCAUCUUGGUGGGGGCUGUCUCGCUCUGGGCUAGCUGCAGUUUGGGUGAGAACAGCCUUUUUUUUGGUCCCUCCUGGGGCCUUUGAACAUUUGCGUUUUGGAACGUUUGCAAAGUGAAAGGUUGCACAUCCUUGAGGUGUUUUGGACAAAACUUCAGCCAUAUCGAAAAUUAUUUCUCUUCUUGGAGUCUAGUUGGGUUUAAUGUAUUUUUUACAUUACAUUUUUUUUAAAUAGCAUUUUCUAUCCAUUUUCACAGUCAAAGAUAAAUAUUCAUAGGAAUAUUAAGCUUUUUAGAACAGUAUGAUAAAUUUUCAAGUUUGCAUAGAAACGAGAUAUUUGAAUUCUCCAGCUUUUUGUAAGUUUUAAGAAAUGACAUUCAAAAUUCAUCAUACAGUUGCUGGUUUUCAUAUUUUUUUAACAUGUGAGAUUUUAAAUGGAGGUCUAGAAAAGAGAGAAGAGAGAAAUAAACAAUAGAAUACUUUUGAAUUUUAAUCUCUCUGCCUGUUUAGAGCAUGAAGUGUAAAGCUGUUUCAAUCUGUAAAAUGUUCAAGAGGCAAAUGCAUUCACGUGCAGGUCUGUUAACCUGGAGUGAAUUCUGUGGACAGUACAAAGAGAGGUCAUUUCUGGCAAUUAAGGGCGAAGUGAUUUUUUUCCCCAUUUGGAUUCCAGACAACUUGUAUUUGGCUUUCCUUACAUAAGGAUGAUCGUAAGCCAGUGGGUUAAUGUGAAAUGGUGAUUGGUUUCUUGUUCGUUACGGAAAGGAGGCGAUGUAAAAGCUAGCAUCAUUGUGGUAGGCUUUAAAGAGAUUGGACAAGGAAGGUCCUUCCUGAAUGAUUACACAGGAAGGCUCUAAAUGCGCUUAAACGAGGCUUUUUGUGGCUAUUCUUCACUUUUUUUUCCUCAACCAGGUCAAAAGCAGGAAGCACUUGGAUUCUUGUGAAGUGUCCAGCUUUGGGUUCUUUAUAUUUCUGGUUUGGUGCAGUGAGCAUUCCCUGGGAGCUGCUUGUUUGGAAGCUGAUGGUUUUUAAUGACUUGGCAGGGAGGCUGAAGCUCCUGGGGAGCCUGGGAGAGCCAGGCUUGGGGAGGAAGGCAGUGGCCAUGGAGCAGCCGUGGCACCGUGCAGCUGCACUGCUGGGGCCGCUCCAAAGGGACCGCAGGGUUUCUCUGCAUCCCCACCUUCCUCUUUAUCAUAAAGUUCACGAGUUUACAUUUACUUGUAACCUUUCAUGUAACAGGAAGCAGUGCCUGGUAGCCUUUUGUGAUGCUAUUGUGCAGUUAAUGCCCUGCUGCCUGUUCUAUAAUUAGAGCAUAUUUCAAGCCAUCCAUUUUUAGAUAAUGUUUGUUUUUAUUAUUUUUUCCCUUUCUGUCCCUACUGUUUUCUCCAACCACACUGAGAUAUGAUUCAAUAAAAUCAGUAUUACCUAGUGGCUACUUGCUUCUGGAAAGACAAUCUUUAAUUCCUUUCCCUAUCAAUAAAUUUGCAUCUUUGCCCAAGCUCCAGUGCACCUAAGGUGAAUGAAUGCAUGGAACUGGCUGCUUUAUUUUUUGGGCAGGGUCACAUUUCUGAUGGCUUAACUUUCCCAGACCACAUCCUGAGGCUAGAUGGGUGCCAACACUGGUGCACACAAAGUGGUGGGAGCGGGCAGCCAGGAGGAGGGAGGGGAGUGGGUGGAACAACUUGUGUCCGUGACAGCUGGCUGCUGGAUGAGCUCUGGGUUGUCAGAUGCUGGCAGGACUCAUGGACUGCCUCAGCAGCUGGAUCAGGGAAACAGUUUCCAUCUAUCAGUGAUAAUUUUAUUGACUUGUAAUGAGUAAUUGAAUUAUUUCUGGAUCUUUGGCUGUUCUGCAUUUUGGAUGCACUAUAUUACGUAUUUAUUUCUUUAAAUUACUUGAAUGUGCCUGUAUUUUACAACUUCUGCCCAGAUCUGCAGUAAUACAUCAGUUACAGUUUCAAUCUUCUGUAAUUAGAUACUUUCUUUUUUUCCACUUUGUGUCUGUGGGGGCUUUUUGCUUUGGGUUGUUUAGCGUCCUGUUUCUAAAAAUGCUUUCUUUUAGUCCUUUUAUCUACAGAAAUAGCUGAUUUCAUGUCUCAAAGCAUAUGGAUAGUUUCCAAAAUAGCUCUGAGUUGAGAUGAAAUAACCUCUCAGAUAACUGGGCAGAGAACAAGAUUGAAGCGUCAGUGAUUUGUUAGAGAAGUUCAGAAGCAAUGAAUACUGUGCAAAAUUAUGAAAUUUGUAGUUAGCUCAAAUUUCUCUAAGCACACUGUUAUUUUAUAAUGGCUUAUGAAUUAUAGAAGGGGAAGUCUUUCUGUCACUGUCUGAGUAAUCCCUGCACUUGCCUGGUAACUAUAUGCUAAUGAAUCCUCUUGAAUUAUUCCAGUGAUUUGUAUGAGAUAGUCAGAUGCAUUUUCCCUUCAGCUGACCCCAGUAUUUCAGGUGCUGUCCUUAAUAUGAAGUUAAAUUGGGUUGCCCAACGUGGUGUCAUACUGUUUAUCUGAUAUAUAAUAAAAGAAAGAAGAAAAUAAAUCAUCCUAAAACUUGACGAAUAAAGUGAAAAAACCACCAGGCUCAGUGUAAGAACCCUUGCCCAGACAAGUGAUUCUUCUAUGAUCAUUUGUUUUUACAAAUGGGGUGUCUUGUUUAGUAAAUAGGAGCUUGGGCACUUAGUAAACGACGAUUGCCAUCUGUGUAGAAUGUGCUGGUGACCAUUUAAAACUUAGUGAAAAUUUUCAUUGUUGCAUAAAAUAAUAGUUGCUUAUCUCAUGCAGCUCUGUGGAGAAAACUAAAAUGAAAAAAUAAUUCUGGGAAAACACGGAGGAGGCAUAUCCUGUCAAUCUUUUCUUGUGGUAGGGUUCAUAAUCAAAAUGACUAUUAAUGCAGUAGGAACUCCAGAAAGCCACACAAAACUUGCUCAAGCCCUUCCUUCAUCAAACAUGAAGGAAGCUGUAAAGAGAGCAUGGGAUAGGGAGGGGAGGAAGUGCUCCCCAGAUACAGAACUCACCAGUGCUCCCAUUACCACAAUGAGGGAAGAGGUUGACAGAUGUAGUCAGCACACUGCUGCAACUUUGUGAAAUGCAAUCAUGUGAGAAGCAGCUCUUGAGCUGAAAGUUGCUAUCAUGAGUUGUGACACUAGCAAAAGGCAGUGCUGGCAAGGAGGGAGUAAUUUCCUCAAGUUUCCUGGUGCAGAAAUGAGACAGUAACAGCAGGGCAACUGACUUGGGCUACAGGGUCAAUUUGCCCUGCCUAUUCCUGGAGUGAUGGAACUGAUGCUUCUCAUUGUACCCAUUUUCUUUCUUGCUGUUUCUUGUUUUGUGGCUUUGGAUCCUGUGGUUCUUAGCUACAUGCAGUUCAUGGUACAUGGCUGUAGGGUCAGGAGCUGUAUUCACAUCUAAGUCUUGUAAUAAAAGCAAAGAAAAAAUAUUGUCCAAAUCUUCUGAAAGAUUUUGACAUUAAUUCAUGAAGCAUAAACCAUGAAAAGCCUCUACAAGUAAAAGAACAGUAUUGCAUAUUUUCUCUCUAGACUUUGUGCUUGAUAACACAUGUUCAAAGGCUCAAGUGAAAACAAGGCUUUGAGGGAACAUAUUGUAAUACAGAAACUAAGUAUGUGGAAGAGGAGUAAUUUAUUCUCUGAACAGAACUCCUUGCACUCAGAGCGCUCCCUUCAGUCAUGUGUUUCUGGAGAUGUGGCUUGGACAUUUCUUUUCUCUAUGUAUUUAAGAAACCCCCAUUAUUCAUUAAAUAGCUGAUGAACUAUUCCACCAUCAGCACCACCAUCAGCAAAACCAUGGUCACAGUGUGUACAAGUGUAGGUGAGUAAUAAAAACCUCAGUGAAGAAAUGGUGUGGUUUGGCAGAGGACCUCAGUCAUAUAAGCUUCUACUUUCAAACUACAAUCAUUUGAAGUUCUGUACAGUGCUUUUUGUUUUCUUGGAACAGCAUCAGCAGUGUUAAUAAUAUACAGCAUUAUGUUAAUAAUCUAACAGCAUGUUAGAUUAUUGUGCUAAUCUGAAAUUGAAACAAAUAUUGAAAGAUAAUCCCAUUAAUUGUUGACUCAUUUUAAUAAGACUCACAGCAGAUGCUCAGGUUUGCCUGCAAUGAAAUGAUUAUCAGAGCCAAAAGAACAAAGAUUGCAGCCAGACAGGACAACAGAGUGAAGCACACUGAGUCUGCCUCCUAAAGCCAGCAUUGGCAGGACAUUUGUAGUGACUGUGGAAUUCACCAUUCAGUUCCUUGUUUUCUGUGAUUCACUGUAUGCUGAGACUGAGAUCAGGGGAUUACUGAUAAAUCUUAUUUAGUUAAUAUUUUGGUGUUUCCUCUUAAAGCUUGGACUUUAUUAUCUUGAAUUUGUUACCUUAAAUACGUAUCCUACUUAAAAGUGGUGGCAUCCAUGGCAACUCCAUCCUUUUGGUAGAAAUUACUGAAAGCUCUAUUUCAGUUUAGAAAUGAAAGUUACCAUCAGAAAGAUGCAUGAUUUCUUCCAACCAAAACAACUGUAAUUCUUGGCAAAACAUGGGAAAAGCAGCAUGGAAUGUGCAAGUCUCCUAAAUACCUGCAAAUCAAACCAAUUGAGUAAUGUCUCAUCUUAGACCAAGCAGAUAUGGGAACAUUUGGUAUUGGGUUCUGUCACUGACGCUCUGUAUAACCCGCCUCAGUUUAUUAAAAAUGAAACUAUUUCAGAAGUCAAUUCUUCUUUUAAAAUAAUUUGGGUGUUGUGCACAGUAAAACUUGCUGAAGUUUCUUUCGCUUUUCCUUCUGUACUGCUGCUCUGUGUAUUUGUUGCCAGUGGUUCACACACUGUUGUGCAUACCACAAUCUGGAAACCUUUGCUCUCUGUUACUUAGUAAGGUACCAUAUCUACCAAGAAGUUAAAUAUUUUCUGGUUCUUGGCAAGUAUCAUAUAGCAAGUAUUUGGUCUGACAGUUUGAAAUUCAAUAAGGUUUCCCGUUUAACUUCACUAUCACAUGUUAUGAGUGCAUUCACAAAGUGCAUUAAACUAAAAGAGCAGUAUUUAUAUACUUUUUGCAAUCUACAAUUUAUAUCUACCAUAUUCACUUGAAGAUUUAUUUACUCCAUGCAGAAAAUGCUAUGAAAGGCAGGUAAUACUGGUUUGGUAGUACUAUUAAUAUUUGUAUGCAGUGAGAAAUAUAUGGUUUACAUCUUUUUUACUCCCAGAAAUGGUCUACCUUCUUCUGUUGAACUUAGAAUAUUUUUGCCUGUGUCUGGGGAAUAGCGCUGCAAGAAAAAAACUCUAUGUUUUUGCAUUUGUCAGCAUAGGUAUCUGAACUAAUCCUCUGAAAGAACCUGAUCUGUCCCCUAUACUUUGCCAAGAUUCCAUUUCUGAAAGAUAAUUUUAAACUGUCUAUUAUUUGCUAUUUUUUUUUGGCCAGCACCUUCUUCCAGGAAGAAAACUAAUUUAUUUUGUGACACAGCCCUCCUGACUUCAGCAAAAGCUAUUUUUUUCACUUUUUGCAGUGUUUGGUUUUCAGCUAUUUACAGUAUUUCAGCAGCAGCUCACCACAGUAAAGCCUGGCCUGAUGUUUAACCCUAAUAGCUCAUCUGCACAGAACAGAAUAUCAGUGUGGAGUUUCUGCACUAUUCUGCUGCUGAAAACAUUCACAAUUCUAUCUCCACUGCAGUGGGAGAGGUGAGGAUGUAUCAAAGCACAACAGUGUAAUUAACUCGGAAUGAUAGAUUUGAAUAGGAAUUGGAGGAAGGAAGAUUUUUUUUUGUUUUGUUUUCAUGAGAGGAUUGUUGACUUGCAGACUUCCUACUCUCCUCCUUCACACUCCUAAUUCUCAGAUAAUUUGAGUUUAGUCCAGUUAUUAUUGACAUUGGGUAUGCUUCAGCAGUAUAAGUCUCUCAGAAGCAUGUCAGCUUCCCUCACAGAAAGGAUAGAUCUGUGAAGGGGAAAGUACCAGGUUACUUGAGAUUUGGGUUUGAGGGCAGGUUUGGACACAACUGUGUGAAAAAUCUAUGACCUCAUGUACUGGAUGUCUGGCUCAGCCUCAACAUGUGGUGCUGUAACCGAGAAGCCGCUUUCUGCCUUCUUGUUCGUGAUCAGGAAGCUGCUGCUCACUCUUGCUCUGCCCUUGCCAGCUCCUGUAGUGUUUGGCAGCAGCAUCUGUCCAAAGCCCUUGAUACUGUCUAGAGCUUGUGCAGUGGGUGCCACAGCCAGGCUUGUGGAGCAGAAUGUAUGCUACGAAGCGGCUCAGGGAAUAAAUGGAAGUGUGCCACUCAAACAGUCCCCACGUGCAGCUGCAAGUCCAAAGCCACAAGUGCCUCCAAAGCCAAUUCAUCUGCAGAAGGCAACAUACCAAACCCCUAGGCAUAAAGCUUUAACAAAUCAGAAACCAAGAAUGGAGGAAGAGACACCUGCUGCUGUUUCUAGUGUCACAAAGGAAAAGUCCAGUAAAGUGUCAGAUCUCAUCAACCGUUUUGAGGGAGGCAGCUCACUGAAUCCUAGCGAUUUCAAGAAAGAUUCCUCCGUUCUCCACAUUACUAAAUCUCAAGGAAGAUAUGGGUCCACACCAUCACCUCAGCCAAAACUCCCCUCCCAGCACUCACUACAGAAACAGGGAAACAGUAACACUGACAAAACUCAGGUUGCACAGCUGCCCACGGCCAACGGCGUGGUAGCGCAGGACCAGCCGGGAGAAGAGGAGCGGCGAUCGCCAGACCAUGGCUCGGCUGUGUCCACCCCACUCCUGGAUGAUGCCAUGGACAGCAGCUUGACAAACGGGGAAGGAGAAAGCACUCGCAGAGAGUCCUUGCAAAGUGUGGCUGCCUGUGAGGAGCAGAUGCUCAACAGCGGCCACAGGACUCCGAGCAGUGACACGCUGCUCCCACCUGAAAACGAAACUCUAGGAAUUGAUACUGAUGUCAAGGAAGAGCCAGCUGAGGAAAGCAGUAAACAAGAUCAACCUGUAGAAAUAAAGGAGACGGACGAGCAGAAACGUCACAAAAUUGCCAAUGAGCUUCUGCAAACAGAAAAGGCCUACGUUAGUCGACUUGAUCUCCUAGACGGGGUAUUCUAUUCCAGACUCCUUGAGGAAGCCAACAGAGGUUCAUUUCCACCUGAAGUGAUUAAUAAAAUCUUUUCUAACAUUUCAUCAAUAAAUGCCUUCCACAGUAAAUUCUUACUUCCAGAACUUGAAAAAAGAAUGCAAGAAUGGACCACCACCCCUAGGAUUGGAGAUAUUCUGCAGAAGUUGGCUCCUUUCCUCAAGAUGUACGGCGAGUAUGUGAAGAAUUUCGACAACGCAAUGGAACUGGUGAAAACGUGGACUGAACGGUCACCUCAGUUCAAAUUCAUUAUUCAAGACAUUCAGAAGGAAAAAGUGUGUGGAAAUUUGACAUUGCAACAUCACAUGCUAGAACCAGUCCAACGCAUUCCACGCUACGAGAUGCUUCUAAAGGACUACCUAAGGAAAUUGCCUCAGGAUUCCCUAGACUGGAAAGAUGCUGAAAAAUCCCUGGAAAUUAUAUCCACUGCAGCAAGUCACUCAAACAGUGCAAUAAGAAAGAUGGAGAAUCUAAAGAAGUUGUUGGAGAUCUAUGAGAUGCUGGGAGAAGAGGAAGACAUCGUGAACCCUUCAAAUGAGCUGAUCAAAGAAGGGCAGAUCCUUAAAUUGGCUGCUCGCAACACAUCUGCCCAAGAGCGUUACCUUUUCCUGUUUAACAAUAUGUUGCUCUACUGCGUCCCCAAAUUCAGCCUGGUAGGAUCCAAGUUCUCGGUUCGAACCAGAGUUGGCAUAGAUGGCAUGAAGAUUAUAGAAACCCAUAAUGAAGAAUAUCCACACACUUUCCAAGUGUCUGGAAAAGAGAGGACACUGGAGUUGCAGGCCAGUUCUGAACAGGAUAAAGAAGAAUGGAUAAAGGCACUUCAGAGUACUAUUGAAGCUUUUCAGCAGAGGAAUGAAACUUUCAGAAAUGCUAUUGCUAAAGAAUAUGAAGACAUGCCUGUUGAAGUCUCUAAUGCUGAGCUUGGGAAGAGAGCGCCGAGGUGGAUCCGGGACAACGAGGUCACCAUGUGCAUGAAAUGCAAGGAGCCCUUCAAUGCGCUGACGAGGAGGAGGCACCACUGCCGAGCGUGCGGACACGUGGUUUGCUGGAAAUGUUCUGAUUACAAAGCACAUCUAGAAUAUGAUGGCAAUAAAUUGAACAAAGUCUGUAAGGAUUGCUAUCAUGUUAUAAUUGGUUGUACAGACAGUGAAGAAAAGAAGAGGAAGGGCAUCUUGGAGAUCGAAUCUGCAGAAGUCUCUGGAAACAGUGUCAUAUGUAGCUUUCUUCAGUACAUGGAGAAAUCCAAGCCCUGGCAGAAGGCAUGGUGUGUCAUACCCAAACAGGAGGCUCUUGUGCUCUACAUGUACGGUGCUCCACAGGAUGUGAAAGCUCUGGCUACAAUUCCUCUUCUGGGCUACACAGUGGAUGACACUCCAAAAAGUGCUGACCUCCCCCACAGCUUCAAACUGACCCAGUCCAAGUCUGUGCACAGCUUUGCUGCAGACAACGAGGAACUGAAACAGAAGUGGCUAAAAGUUAUCCAUUUAGCUGUCAAAGGUGAGACACCAGAAUGUCAAAAUGAACUGCAAGUGAAUUUAGAAGAGCAGCCUGAAUCUUCUAAAAGAUCUGAAUGUUGAAGCACAGGAACAUAUGGCAUUUUAAAAAAAUUUUAGUUGAAAUUGUGGUUAACCUCCGUGUUAACCUCUCUUUGUUCAAUCAAGGAAAAAAAAAAGAAAAAAAAAGAAAAAGAAACUUCUUACUACCAUACACAUCUUGGCACUUUAUGUUUGGGAAAGAAUUCUGGUCUUUUUAGGGAUCUUUUUCUUAUAUUUAUGUUCUGUCUAUAAAAAUGAUGUACAGGUCCAUUUCAGAGACUUUUAAAAAAAAUGUGAAUGCUAUUAAAAAUACUUACUAACUUUACUGUACUACUUGUUCGUUAUAAUGCAAUUUUUUUUUAAAAUCCAGUUGCUCUUCAGUUAACAUUUGCUACUUUCAUUAAGAAUGCAAAUAUUUGAAGCUUCCUACUUACGUGUUAGGACUUGCAACACGAUAAAAGAUAUACCUCCACAUUGCCAAAAUAGAUCUGUACUUAAAUAUGCAGGGACAGUUUGGUUCAAUGUAUGUAGUUUAUAGAUUGAUUUCCACAGUUCUGUACAUAUGUUGUAUUCACUUGUAUCUUUUUAAUUAAAGUAAUGCAAAUUGCUUUCACAGGUAUAUUGGCUUUUAAGGUUUCAAUUUAUCAAGGAAACAAUCUAAUGAUUUUCCAUGUAGAAAUAAAUACCUAAAAUAUGAGAAAACUAUAUAUAAUAUAUGUACAGUAUUAAAAAUGUACAAUACUUGAUUAUUGCUUUGAUUUCAUGAUAUUGGGUUCUUAUUAGUGAAUAAUUUAUUUUUUAAAAAGCAUGUUUUCUAUUUGAAAUUAAACACAGUCCUAAAUUGAAAAAUACUGUUCAGUGAUUUGUUUUAAUAGCUGACACUUGAUGAUCUUGAUAUUUUAGGCAUCAAAAAUUAGCAGUAAUGUAAGUGGCAUGCAAUGGGCAAAUGAGUUCCAGUUGUGUUUAAACAAGUAGUCGCUUUUCUUCAGUGUCCUAUCACUGUUAGCUUUUAAGAGUGCAGUAGUUUGUUGCUCAAAUGCAGUAUGUGGUUUGAGAAAAGCAACAGAUUCUAGUAACCUUCUGGGAAUGUGUAUUUUUGCUAUUAUGGUUAUUGGAGCAAAAGAACAUUUUGAACUUAAGUUUUUUAAUUUUUGUAGAAGAUUAGGUAUUGUAAUGCUUAUUUAUGACAACAAUCUUCAAAGAUUCUUGUUUUAAAGUGGAGCCUGGUUUAUAAAAAAAAUGUAUAGAGUCUGAGCUUUCAAAUCUGAAAUUUUAUGAGCUAACAUUAUUUGUUUUCUGCUUCUGGAUAUAAGGAGUCACUGGCUUUACAACAUUAAGUUUCUUAUGAACUUCCAUUCCUAUUAGAGGUUUUAUACAUAGAGACAAAUGACUUCCAUAAAAUUUUUACUGUAAUAUCCUUAAGUGAAACAUGGCAAACUCAGAGGUAGUGAUUGACUAUCAAUUAAAAUCAUUGCUGUCUUUUCUUUUUGAAACCCUUUAAGGAAGGAAAAUGCGUAACUUGUACAAUCAGCUUGUCAUAAGAACGUUCAGAAGUUCUUACUUCUCAGUAAAUCUGCAAUCUGUAUUUUAAAUCAUGUCAAGCUGAAGAGCUCAGGUUCAAUUUUGUUAGUAACUUCACAGAUUUAAAUUGUUGGGUUUUUACAAUGAGUUUGCCAAGCAAACUAUCCACUGAACUCCUACUCCUGCUUUACUCUUUCUGCAACAUUAUGGGGGGAAAAAAAACCCAACUCAUUUUGCAUUUAGCAAGGGAUUCAUAUCUGUUUGUAGUGUCAAGCACACAUGAGGGUGCAGUGUCCAUCAUUCCUUCAUAAGAAUGUCAUGUAAGCUAAUGUUAGUGGGAUGGAUUUUGCUCUCACCUGCACAGAUCCAGGAUCUACCAUAUCCUUUAGAUUCCACAGCUUUUCACCAGUGUUAAUAAUGAUCCAGACAUGCUAUGGUACUAACUCUCCAGCUGACUUGGUGCAUGUCCAUUCUGAAUUCUCUUCCUUGGGUGCUCCCUGAGUCCAGAUUGUUCUGGAUAUAUCCCUAGUAUUGCUUUUGUCUAAUGUGCAAGCUCUUCUGUAAUUCUCUUUGAGAUUUUAAGUUACUUCUACUGGCAGCUGUGUUUACCUUUAGCAAUGGGCAGCUCAAGCCUGGUUUGAUUCAUGUUGGUGAAUCAGUUUUUUGCCAAGGUAAUAUAAGAUCUCCAUAACUAAUAUAUAUAAUCUUACAUAUACCUUGGCAAGUGAUGGGGGAACAUUCAGGUAAGCAAGUAGAACUCUUGGUGACUAUCUUUCCUUCAUGGCCAUCUCCCAAGAAUGGGUAACUUCUACAAGAGCCUCAAGUGCAAUUGUGGGAUAUGGAGAGUUGUCUUCCCACAUCCCAAUGCAUAAAAACAGUUUCCCAUGGUGGAGGUGUUGAGUGUAAAGGAAGAAGUUGCUUUAAAGGAGUUCUCAGGAAGGACAGAGCUAUAGUGAAAAUAUGAUGAUAUGACUGUAGAGUCAAUUAGGUGGGAAAAGCCCUCUAGGAUCACUGAGCCCACCCAUUGCCCAGCACUACUAAAUCCACCACUAAACCAUGUCCCUAAGUGCCACAUCUACACACCUUUUAAAUACCUUCAGGGAUGGCGACUCAACCUUUUCCCUAGGCAGCCUGUUCCAAUGCUUCACCUCUGUUUUGGUGACAAAAUAUUUUCUAAAAUCCAAUCUAAAACUCCCCUGGAGCAACUUGAGGCCAUUUCAUGUUGUGCUAUUGCUUGUUUCUUGGGAGAAGAGACCAAUGCCUUCCUUGCCAUCAUCUCCUUUCAGGGAGUUGUAGAGAGUGAUAAGGUCCCUCAUGAGCCUUCUUUUCUCCAGGCUGAACACCCUCAACUCCCUCAGCCACCUCUCACAGGACUUGUGCUCCAGACCCUUCACCAGCUAGCUCUGUUGCCUUUCUCUGGGCCCACUCCAGCACUUCCAUGUCCUUCUUAUCCUGUCUUUCAUGUCCCAGAACUGGACAUGUCAUUUGAGGCACAGCCUCGCUCGUGCCAAGUACAGGGGACAACCACUGCCCUGGUCCUGCUGGCCACACUGUUGCUGGUACAGGCCAGGACACCCUUGGCCUUCUUGCCCACCUGGGCACACUGCUGGCUCUUGUUCAGCUGCUGUCAAACCAGCACUCCCACGUCCUUUUCCACCAGGCAGCUUUCCAGCCUUUCUUCCCCGAGCCCGUAGUGCUGCAGCGGGUGCUGUCACUCAGAUGCAGGACCCAGCACUUGGCCUUGUUGAACCUCUUCGAGCUGGUUUGACCCAUUGAUCCAGCCUGUCUGGAUCUCCCUGCAGACCCUUCCUGCCCUCCAGCAGGUCAGCAUCCUACCCAGCUUGGUGCUGUGUUCUGUUUCCUCCUGCAAAUCUCAUUCUGAGCUAGGCAGGAAGCCCCAUUCCACUUAAGUGAUUAGAAGUAGCAGUUUCUGGGCUGCCUUAUUUUUAUAGUGGUAUUGAGCUGUUGAAGCUCCUUGAAUGGCAGCAUCUCCCAGAUGAAGCCCAGCAUUUGGGCACAAGCAGUUUGAAAUGAGAGUUGUUUGUUUGGAUGUUAGCCUCACGUUUGCUCUCAGCCAUUCAAUUUUAUACAGCACAGGCUAUUUUAUUUAUGCUAGUGAAACCUGUUUCAUGUUCUGAUAAUUAAUUGCUUGGUCAGAAUUGUUGUCUUCUGAGUCAGAAUGCCUUGGCACCCAAACACAUGGUUCUGUGUGUAUUUUGUGGGAAAAGUGUGUACUAUCAAUAUUAAAGGGCAUCAGAAGAUAGAGAAAUUCUCAGAUUAACCACCCUGUUGUCUUAAUUCUCCACAGACAAGCCCUCCUAAUAACUACAUCCCAAACAUUCACUUUAAAUUGUAAAUUAUGACUGCAGAGGAACAAAUACAAAGUUGUAGCUGCUGUGGCUCAAGAGUUAUGACAUAAGCAGUGAAAUUAAAAACACCAUUCUAACAAGGUAGAAGCUGCUCCCAUUUGAAAUAAAUUCUUAAAUUCUUCAAGAAAAAGAAAAAAGGCUUUAAAUUUGUGAGCAUAAAGUUCUGUGUGUAAGGAAUAAACUGUAACUAAGCAUUCAUUCAUAAUGCAUGAAUGCAUGUGAAUGGCUCUGCUGAAUUAUUUAAGUUUUGAAACUCUUGUGUUUAAGUAAUGCUUGUUUCUCACUUUAAAAGUGAUCACUUCUCUGUGCGAUUUAAAGCAGAUCAAAAGUUAUUUUAGAGGUUUAAUCUGUGUUCAACCAGAACAAGACUUAAAUUUAUCAUUUAUAUUUUUGGAUGAUAGCAAUAUAUUUUUUGAAGUUACAUAUUUUUUUCCCCCUACCAUGGGAAAAUAGUGUAUCAUGAUAUCUGCAUGACUGCACCAUUUCUCCAGACCCUCUAAAAAUUCUUUUUUGGUAUCAGGUACUCCUGCUUGGUUGAAGAGCUGCUAUAAAACCUGUAUUAUGUAGUAAUUUCAAAUCCCUUUAUGGCGAGUAGUUUUGUUUAUUUCUAAGUGUAUUUAACUUAUAUGAGCAAAAUAGAUAUUGAGAGUACAAAACAUUCUCUUCUAUUUGGAAUAGAAUAUUAAACCACUUUAAUUGCAUGUAUAUAUAGUAGCACCUUUUUAUGCAAAACCAUCUCAAAGUGCUUUAUAAAUCUCCUCAAAGAUUCAAACUCUUUUUUCAUAGAAAAGAAGAUUUUAAUUGCUCAUGUUUUAAAGUUAUGGAUGAAGGCAAGGCACUGAUUAAAUAUAGAAUAAAUACACUACCACCUAGGUAAAAUUUAGGUGAUAUAGAAGUAUGCUCUACAGACUUCCAAGUGGAGUGAGAAGGAAAAAGAAAACCUAUAUUAAAACAAGUGGGAAAGAUGUGGAAACACUUGACAGGUUGUUUGGUUUCCUCACCAUAGAGCUAGUAUAAAAAAAUCAUCAGCUUUUCAUUUCAAGGAAAGAUUAAAUAAAAUUAAGAGAGGGUAGUUAUUUCUUAUACUGAAGGAAAGACUUUCUGGAAAGAAGUAAACAUUCCAUGUAGAAAUAAUCCCAAGCAAUAACAAAAGGUCUUUCCCCAUAUAGCUGGUACAAACUAGCAUGGGCCUGCUGGAGCUAUUAUACCUUCAGUGAUUUAAAUUCACAUAGAAUCUGCCUUACAUUAUACAAGGGCACUUGUGGGAGAUGGAACUUCCACAGUUAGGGAGCUGCUGAGAUACCAGGUCUCACCUGGACUCACAGAGCUCAGGUGAACUUCAGAUGGAGGUAAUGGAUGCAGGGGUGAAUGUAAUAAACUGGGAAUAUAUAUCCAAAAUAAAUGACUGGAGAGAAGUAAUUCUGUGGCAGAACUGACUACCCUUAAGGUAAAUCCAUUGGUGAAAUGGGCAUCAUUCUUAGUCUCUGUGGUGUACUGUUAUUUGAAAUCUGAAAUUAAAUACAUGGGGUUAAUGUUUUUUGCUCUAGUCCAUGGCCCUGUUGGUGUGAGGAAUUUUUCUAGCUGGUUCUGACCCAUGGGACUGUAGUAUGUUCCUCAGAUAGGAGUUUUAAUCUGCUAGUCAGAUUGUUUCCUAAAUCCUUUUCCUUUAACAGAUGAUAACAUUAAUUUAAUGAUUACAUAUGUGUGUGUAUAUACACAUAUGCAUAUGUAUGUGUGUAUAUGUAUAUAUGUGUAUUUAUAUAUUUGAGACUAUUAUUCAGAUGACUUGUGUUCAAGCAGUAUUUUACAAUCAAAAAAAUUACACUGUGCUGCAUUCAAAAUAGAAUGUAUAAUGACUGUGUUGAGUAUGCUUUCCAGAAAAAGAUGGAGGUAGAUCUGCUAUUGUGGCAUGUUUACUAUUUCAGCCUAUAAAAACAAACACAGAAGCCCCUACAAACAUGCUAAUUCCAGUGAGGCAUUUCAAUCAGCUUCCUUUGAAACCUUGUGAUUAAAUUUCUUCCCAGAAUAAACUAUGGCAUUUUGUUUCACCCCUUCCUCUUCCUAGCACAAGUGAACGUAGAACGUGGCUUUUUCUCAAAAUCCUCAAGCAGAUUUCUUUGAAUAAAACAUGUUUUCAGCCACUGCAUAACACCAACCUACUUCUGUUUAUAGUUCAUCCUCGUAGAUUCAUUAAGUAUUUAUGGUGGAAACAUUCAGAAAAGAGGGAACUAUAUCAAAGCAUUUUUGCAUCUAUGUGCCCUGGUAUUUUUAAGCCAAAUUUGUUGCAUGUAGAGAACAGUUUGCAAUAGAAAUAUUAUUUUUUUUCUAUCAGUGUAUUUUCUAUUCUGCAGCCCUUAAGGCAGAUUAAUACAGUAAUUUUAGUGGGAGCUGUAUCAGCUGUAAUGUUUGACAUCAGAAUUAUAGGCUAGACAUGUUCAUUUCCCUUCAUUAUGGAAGCAUUUCUGAUUUUAAUUGCAAAACAAUUUUCUUACAAAAAUAAUUGGAAGGCUUGUAAAUUUGUUUUGGUUUUGCAAUAAAGUGAAUAAUAUUAAAAAGGUGAAAUACAAAUGCCAUUGUAAGUUGUGCAAAUGUAAGUCGUCAUUUUUAUGGUUAAGAAAUAUAUGAAUGUAAAAAUGUUGAAAAUAUUGUACAUAUUUUCUGUAAUAUAUGUAUAUUUGAUCCUAAGGUGGGUGGAGAAUUGUAAAAAUUAAGCACUUUAAUUCAUGUUGAGUACUUAAAAAGAACAGAAAUUUGUAUCCUGUAAAAUAAAAGCAUCAUUAAAUAA